AUGUGGCCUGUGUUCGAAGAGCCUCAAUUGCGGGGAAUGCCUCAUCAUCAUGGUUUAUUGACAGUAGGGCUCCGGGUGGAUCGGAUUAUCCCGGAUGAUCCGGAAUUUUCAAUCCCGGAUGCCGGAUUAGGAUUGGGGUGUCAGGGCGUGGGAAUACGUUACCGUGACUCGCCGUCGGCGACCGUUAAGCCCGUCAAGGGCGGGGAUGACAAUCGCAGCGGAACGGGGUUUCGGCUUCAACGACUCGUUCUACUAGGUAGUGUACAACCGGUAUUUAAGUAUAACGGAAUGAAUGGAAUUAAGUCGCCAGAUCUCACGGAGAUUGCGGGCAGGGUUAAGAAGAAGCGAAAACAAACAAAGAGUGUGGGAGAAGGACGGCCGUGUACGGCCGUCAGGAAAGACAAGCGUGAUAAAGAAAGACUCGUAGGCCCGUGA